AUGGAACAGUCAGCCAAAGUCGAACAAGAAAUGAAGUCUGUUUCCACAUUCACGCUAUCCACCAACAGAAACUCCUAUGGAUUAUCACGUCAACCGUCCGUUGAAAAAUUGGCUAGCGAACAAAACUUUCGACAAAAUGGACGACUUGAUGGACGACGUCAAGGCGUGGACCGCCUCCAAGAAUCGAAACUUCGUUGCCUGUGGAAUCCGGCUGCCGAGCAAAUGGGAAGGAGUGCUUCACGUAGAUGGUGGAUAUGA